CUUUUCUCUCUCUUCCUCUAAACUAUCCUUACAUCUCUCCAUCAAUCUUUACCCUCUUUCUCUCUCUUUCUCUCUCUUUAGUUUAUGACGCCCCCUCCUCUCUCUGUCUCUCUCUCUUCCCCAUUUCUUUUUUUAUUUCAUUUUCCCCCUCAGUACAGUCCCCCCCUCCCUCCUUUCUCUCUCCCAGCCUCUCUCUCUUUCUCUCUCUGUCCUCAUCCCUCUCUCCUCUCCUCCUCCUCUCUCUCUCUCUCUCGCUCGGCCGCUGUGUGUGUGCGUGUGUAUCUGAUGAAGGGUCGUACUAAACUGCCUUCACUCUGCUCCUGCGUGAAAUACAGGUAUCAGGAUGAGGAGACUCCGCCCCUGGAGCAUAGCCCCGCCCACCUGGCCCACAGUAAAAGUGCUGAGAUGCUGCAUAUGAGCGACAAGAACUUGGCCGCCAUGGACACCAUGCACAGCUACGGUCCACACACACACAUCUCUCCCGUGAAGCCGGUGUUGCUGUCGGCUGGCCACACCCCCCUGUACACCUCCGCCGUCUCCACACUGGCGAAUUCUCCUCCAGUAGUAGUAAACACAGACACUCUGGACGGCUCACCCUAUGUUAAUGGAACGGAGGGGGAGAUUGAGUAUGAAGAGAUCACGCUGGAGAGAGGUAACUCUGGGCUGGGUUUUAGUAUAGCAGGAGGUACAGAUAAUCCUCAUGUAGGAGACGAUCCGAGUAUCUUCAUCACCAAAAUCAUCCCCGGAGGAGCAGCAGCUCAGGACGGCAGACUGAGGGUUAAUGACAGUAUUCUGUUUGUGAAUGACGUGGACGUGCGAGAGGUGACGCACUCUCAGGCCGUGGAGGCGCUGAAGGAGGCCGGCGCCAUCGUCCGGCUCUACGUUCUCCGCAGAAAACCCAUCGCCGAGAAAGUCACCGAGCUCAAACUCGUUAAAGGACCUAAAGGGUUGGGGUUCAGUAUAGCGGGUGGAGUGGGUAAUCAGCACAUUCCGGGGGAUAACAGCAUCUACGUCACCAAAAUCAUCGAAGGAGGAGCGGCGCAUAAAGACGGGCGACUACAGAUUGGAGACAAGAUACUAGCGGUGAAUAACGUGUGUUUGGAGGACGUGAUGCACGAGGACGCAGUUGGAGCGCUGAAGAACACGGCGGAGGUCGUCUACCUCAGAGUGGCUAAACCUAAUAACCUUUACCUUACCAACAACUACAACCCUCCAGACCUCACCAGCACGUAUUCUCCUCACUUGGACACUGACCUCGGCCACAGCUAUCUCGGCUCAGAUUACCCACAAGCCCUCACUCCCACCUCCCCCAGUCGCUUCUCACCUGUGCUGCACGGCCUGCUGGGAGAUGACGACCUGCCCAGAGACCCUCGGCGUGUGGUGAUCCACAGAGGAUCUACAGGUCUGGGGUUUAAUAUAGUCGGGGGGGAGGAUGGAGAGGGAAUCUUUAUCUCCUUUAUUUUAGCCGGAGGACCUGCGGAUCUCAGCGGAGAACUGAGGAAAGGAGACCAAAUACUGAGUGUUAACGGUGUUGACCUCAGAGCUGCUACACAUGAACAAGCUGCAGCUGCGCUGAAGAACGCUGGACAGACCGUAACCAUUAUAGCCCAGUACAGACCAGAGGAGUACAGUCGGUUUGAGGCUAAAAUCCAUGAUUUGAGGGAGCAGCUGAUGAACAGCAGUUUGGGAUCUGGAACGACGACGCUGAGGAGUAAUCCCAAACAAGGCUUUUACAUCAGGGCUCUGUUUGAUUAUGAUAAGACGGCGGACGGCGGGUUCCUGAGUCAGGCGGUCAGUUUCCGGUUCGGGGAUGUUCUGCAUGUGCUGGACUGCAGUGAUGAUGAGUGGUGGCAGGCCCGGCGGGUCAGCACCGGCGGCGAGGCCGAGGAGCUCGGCUUCAUACCCAGCAAGAGGAGGGUGGAGAGGAAAGAAUGGUCUCGCUUAAAGACGAAAGACAGGGAUCACAGUCGAGACAGUUUAGGAUCACAGGGUAGAGACGAAUCAGCACACAGUUAUGAAACGGUGACACAAGUGGAAGUUCAUUACGCGAGACCCAUCAUUAUUCUGGGACCAGUGAAGGAUCGGGUAAAUGACGACCUGCUGUCGGAGUUUCCAGACAAGUUCGGCUCCUGCGUUCCUCAUACGACGCGGCCGAAGCGCGAGUACGAGGUGGAUGGGCGGGACUAUCACUUCGUGUCGUCACGGGAACAGAUGGAAAAGGACAUCCAGAGCCAUCGGUUCAUCGAAGCUGGACAAUAUAACAGCCACCUGUACGGCACGAGCGUCCAGAGCGUACGAGAGGUGGCCGAACAGCAGGGGAAACACUGUAUUCUGGAUGUUUCAGCGAACGCUAUCCGAAGACUCCAGGCUGCACAGCUUCAUCCUAUAGCCAUCUUCGUCCGGCCGAAGUCUCUGGAGAACGUGCUGGAGAUUAAUACACGUCUAACGGAGGAGCAGGCGAGGAAAGGGUUGGACCGAGCCGUUAAACUGGAGCAGGACUUUCUGGAGUGUUUCUCAGCCGUGGUGGAGGGGGACAGUUUCGAGGAGGUUUACCACAAGGUGAAGUCGGUGAUUGAGGAGCAGUCCGGACCGUACAUCUGGAUCCCCACCAGGGAGCGCCUGUGAGCUCUGGCGUAGAGAGAACACCACUCAGCCUAUCAGAGACAGAGAGGGAGAGAGGGAACGAGAGAGUGAGAGAGACUAAGAGAGAGAGCAAGCGAGACAGAAAGAGAGAGAGAGAAAGAGAGAGAGAGAGGGAGAAAGGGGCGGAGUUACGAGAUCACGUGUGGAAAAGCACAGGAAAACUCCACACUACUGACUUCCGUCAUCUUUUCUCUCUUUGUCUUUCCCAUUCCCUUCCUCUCUCUCUCUCUCUCUCUCUCUCUCUUUCUCUCUCUCUCUGCGUGCAUCGCUAUAUCUCUUGCACAGGGCUGUUGACCUGUUUUUACUCAAUAAAUCCCCCUUUAUCGCUAAAAAAGGAGGAAAAGCGUAGAGAAGAGGAACACUCAGAAUGUCGGAAACGUUGGAACAUGAAACGAUUUAAUCCUUCCUUUUUUUACUGUGUUGGACUUCUUCUUCCUUCCCUAUCUCUCUCUCUCUUUCGCUCUCUCUCUCUCUUUCUCUCUUUAUCUUGGGAGGAAUUGGUUGGGUGAAAAUGAGAGAGAGAGAGAGAGAGAGAGAGAGAGAAAGAGACAUUGACUAUAAAUGAACGAUACGGAUGAGAAUAGCCAUUUCCGUUGGACGGACGAAGCGCUGAAAGAAAACCCAAUCGAACGAAAGUAUAUUUAUUAAUAACAGUAAUAUCAUAACGAGGAAUCUACGUACUGUGACUUUUUCUGAGACACUUUUGAGUUAUUUUAGACAUCUGAUGUGCCGACGAGAGCAAGAGGACUGAGAGAAAGAGGGAAGGAGGGAAGGAAAGAAGGAAGAAAGCAGAAAAAGAAGAAAACAUUGACGAAAAGGCAGAAAAGGAUGGAGGACUCGUAAUCAGUUUGUCUUUGUCUUGCUGCACAGAGUUCCAAGCCACACAUGAUACUAUGGGCUAUGUUUUCCUUAAUUUACAUAAAUACACACUCACACACACACAUAUAUAACACACACACACACACACACACCUAAUCAAGUUUUUGCAUUUUUUAUUUAUGUCCAGGGGAAAAGAUGCACCGAGAUACAAACUACAAACAACUUCCUUGCCUUUUUUCUACCACAUAAAAGAAGAAAUGCUACAAUAACUGUCCUGUAAAACACACACACACACACACAACAUACACACACACACAUACAAGUGCAAUAUUAAUGUGUGUGUGUGUUGCGCACUACACUACAGGCCAAACGUUAAGAAAAGCGUGAAUUAAUGCUAACUGCAGUUUCUGACACAUUGGCGUUCUUUUGCCCAUGUGUGAUACCAAAGCAACCACCCUAGCAACCACAUGGGAUACCAUACCAUAGCUACCGCCAAACAGCUCCCUAUCAAACCCCUGCGAUGCCAGAGCAAUCACCAGGAAGUCCACAGCAACCACGUAGAUACUCCACAGAAACCUUUUAAGAUAAUAUACCAUCACCUAGAAUCCGUAUAAGAUUCCAUAGCUCAGAGCAACCCCAUAGCAACCACCUGAGAUACUCUAGCAACCCUCAAUAAAAAAACAUUGGAGAUACAAUAUCAUAAACCAAAUAUUAUUCCAUAACCACAUCAUAGGAACCCCAUAGCAGCCACCAAGGACACCAUGACAUCCACUUAAGAACCCACCUUAGCAAACACCAUGGAAAAUAUACCAACGCAACCACCUAGCAACCCCAUAGCAACCAUCUAGAAUACCAUGGUAAUCACCAUGAGCCUGCCUUAACACCUUAACAAUAACCAAGGGAAAUAUGGCAACCACCUAGGAACCCCACAGAAACUACCUGACAUUUCAUAGCAACCACCUAGGAACCCAAUAGAAAUCUCAUAAGAUUCUAUAGCUCAGAGUGACCCCAUAGCAACCACCUGAGAUACUCUAGCAAACAAUGAGCAGCCCACCGAUAAUAAGGGAUAUUAUAGGGACCACCAAGAAACCCCCUCUGAAAACACCAGAGAGACAUUUUAUAGCAACCUCCUAGGGACUAAACAGAAACCAACUGACACUCCAUAGCAACCUCCUAGGGACUAAACAGAAACCAACUGACACUCCAUAGCAACCUCCUGGGGAUUCAACAGCAACCACCUGACAUUUCAUAGCAACCUCCUAGAGACUCAACAGAAACCACCUGACAUUAUAUAGCAACCACCUAGGGACUUAACUGCAACCACCUCACAUUUCAUAGAAACCCCUAGGAACCCCACAAAAACCUCCUGAUAUCCCAUAGGAACCACCUAGAGACUCUACAGUAACCACCUGAAUUUUCAUAGCAACCUCCUAGGAACCCCACAGAAACCACCUGACAUUUCAUGACUCAAACACAACCAGCUGGGAUACCAUAAGUUCACAUCAAAUAGAAUCCCUGGCUUAGCAAUAACCAUAGUUACUAUAGCAACCACAUAGGAAUACCUUAGAAGCCAACUGGAAUAUUGUAGAACUGCUUACCACUCGAUCAGCAUAUAUCAUGUUUAGCCUGUAGUGUAGUAGAGCACUUCUGCCCAACCAAUCAGAACCAGAACAAUCUUCCACCAAUCCAUACGCGAGCCAGUCUACACACACACACACACACAAAACACACACACACACACACACAAAAACACACAAAUACACGGCAGUUGGUUUGUAUGUAGGUGAAAUUACAGGAAUGUUCUGCAGGAUCUGAAUCGACAUAGCAACCACUUGUUAUACCACAGAAACCACCUAAAAUUUCAUAGCAACCACCUGUGAUACCACAGAAACCACCUAAAAUUGUGACACAAUAGCAACAGCCUAGAAUUUACACUAUUUACCACAGCAUUCACUUGGGAUUGCAUAGCAACCACCAGGGAUACCACAGUGACAACCUAGGGUCAGUUUACUGACCUUAUCGGAUACUAUAUCAACCACGGGUAUACCAUAGCAACCACCUAAAUUACCAACAUAGCAACUGCUUGUGAUUCCAUACCGAGCACUUUGGAUAGCAUAGCAUCCACAUAGGAUCCAAUAGCAACCACAUAGGAUUCCAUAGCAACCACCAGGCAUACCAAAGCAAUCAUCUGGGAUACCACAGCGACAACCGAGGAGCCAUAUACCAACCUCAUGUGAUACUAGUGCAACUACCUAAAAUACUAUAGCAACUGACUGGGAUUUUAUAACAACCACUUAAGAUACCAUAGAAUCCACCUAGCAACCGACUAGAACACCAUAGUAAUCUUUAGCCAAACACUGGGAUUUGCAUAAAAACUAGUUAGUAACACCUGCUUAGUAACUAAGCAUUAGGUAUCCCAUAAUAAUUUGGUAACAUCAUAGCAGCCUCCUGAAACACCCAAGCAACCAGCAACCAAUAACUAGGGAUCCUAUGACAACUAUUGAACCACACCUUGCAACCACCAAUCAAUGACCUGAAGCACCAUAGCAACGGCAACUAAUCACUAUGGUGAUCCCAUAACAGUUGUUUUGCAACACCUAGCAACCGCCUGAAACACCCUAGCAACCAGCAACCUUUGCAUAGAGCAGUCAUAACAAUUAGUUAGGGACACCUAGCAAUACCCUAUCAACUACCUGGAACACCACAGCAACCAGCAGCUAAUCAAUAUGGAUCUCAUAUUAAAAACACAUAACAACUACAUGCAAUACCAAUGCAACCACCUAGUAACACCCUAGCAACCAGGUACACACUUAUACACGUACACACACACUAAUACACAUUAGUUUGAAUGUAUGUGUGUGUGUGUGUGUGUGUGUGUAGCUAAGCACUAGGGAUAUUAUUACAGCUGGUUAGCCACGGCAACCAGCAAACGAAUGCCCAUAACUGCUAGGCAACACCUUGCCGCACCCUAACAGCCAUUUGGAACACCAUAUAAACCAUGACAACUGUUUGACAACAACUUAUAAUUACCUUGAAUGCCAUGGUAACGAUCUAGUAACACCCUAGCAACCAUCUGGGAGUGGCUUAAGCUGUGUUUCUUCGGUAUGUUCUGAAUUAUAUUGAGAGUUUAGUAAAAGUGGGCGGGGCUAGAUGAAGAAUAGCAGGGUUUAUACACACUUACACAGAAAACCAUACACACACACACACACACCAAUGCUAAUACACACUAAUGCACACACUAGUGUGUGUGUGUGUGUGUGUGUUAUAAUGUGCCCUGGUGCACUGAAUUAGUGAGUGGGCGGGGCUUGCGCUGUUCUAUAGUGAAACACAUCUUGUUAUAAUUUUCCUUUGAUCUUCCUUUGAUCUGGUUCUGCAGUGUGUUUGAAGUACAGUGGCCGUUCACAGUGAUCUUUAUUUACUCAUCGAUUUAUUUCAUUUUCUUUGAUUAAUUGGUUAAUUUGUUUCCAUUUAAUUGGGUGAGGGUGGUUUCCUGGGAGACGCAGCGCCGUGGAUCCAGACCAUAAUUAUUCUGAAAGAUCAAACAGGUCAAUAUUUAAAUAUCAGUAUUAAUCAACUAAUAACACACAUGCAUACAGCCCAUAAUAACAAUCUAUACAUUUAUAUUAUUGAACACAAAUCAGUAAAUGAACCUAUAAAUAUAUAUUGUUUUAUAACAUUACAACCACACACACACA